AUGGGUGCCCCAGAUAUCAAGGCGGAUGCGAGAAGGGUGGUAGAUGUGCUGAAAGCUGGGGGAAUUGCUAUCAUUCCUUCGACCAUGGGUUAUGCACUUGCCAGCUCUACCACUGCUUCACUGGAAAAGAUGUUCUCAACCAAAAAGAGAGGUACACACAAACGACACGCCAUGGGCGGAAACUAUGCCCUCCAUAAAGCCCUUCACAUCAUGAAGCCCGAAGAUGAAGAGAUCGUUCGAUGUUUGACCCAGGACUUCGACCUACCUCUAGCCGUUAUCGCCAAAUACGACUCAUCAAACCCCAUGUUCAAGGAUCUCGACCCAUCCACUCUGGAGGCACUGACUGUCGAUGGUACACUUGCCAUGUUGAUCAAUGCUGGAUCGCUCCAGGAUGAGAUUGCCAGCCUCAUGAUGGAGGCUAAGCUCCCCUUGUUGGGCAGUUCGGCGAAUAUCUCAGGCACAGGGACCAAGUACGUCGCCGACGACAUUCCCAAGGAGAUUCUUGAUAUUGCAGAUGUUGUGAUCGAUUAUGGGCUUGUCAAAUUUGGAUACCACGGGAGGAGUUCGACGAUGAUCGAUUUCAGUGGGCCAAAGCCAGAAAUCGUACGGAUCGGAGUUUGCUACGAUGUGAUCAAGGACCAUAUGAAGCGCUUUUGGAACAUUGAUAUUCCCAACGAUCCAGGGAAGGAGGCACUCCCCCAUGGACAUCUUAAGAACCUCCCACCGUUGGCCUCGCUGGAAAGACUAGUGGCGAGCUAG